AUGGGGAUUUGCCACGAAACCACAGGGGUAGACGCAGAGCUGGCAGAAGCCCAGCAGGAACUGGAAGCCCUCGUGGCGAAACAUUCCAAUGCCAAGGCUUGGAUUCAACAGAUCUACCACGGCCAUCUGAACCGGGAGAGCAUGGAGAGGGCAGUGCACUUGCGCGGUCAUCACAUCCCGAACCUGGAGAUGCAGUCGGCUAAACUCGAACAGCAGCUGGCCGAUCAAAGGGAGCGCUAUGAGGCACAGUGCCUCGCACAGCAGCUCGAGGUGGAGACGCUGAAAAGGAGUUUGGCCCUGCGCACGACGAGACUGCGGGCAAAGGAGCAGGAAAGUGCCUGGCUCCAAACACGUGCUGAGGCCUUGGAGCAGGAGCUUACCCAUCUUCACAGCCUGCGAGCUGGCCAUCUCCAGAACCUGCGUACGGCCAUGACUUCCACGCCUCAUUCUGCCUCUGCCCAGUCUCCGCAGUCCCACCCUGGCCAUCCCAGAUCGGAGAGUCCCGAGUCCUUUGCCUCGGCGCCCCGAGUCUCAGCUAAUGCCAUCGAACAGAAAAGUGGAGCUCAGCCCUAUUUGAUGCUGGCUGCCGGAAGGCCUGAAUCCAAAAGCCCAGCAGCCCCAAUCCCCGCUCGUCAAGCCAUGUCGAAGCGCAUCAGCUUUGAGGAUGCGGCUGAGGAGAAUGAAGCAGGGCCACGGAAAGCCGACUUCUUCGCUGCCCGGCGCACGAUGCAGCCGAAUGCCCACCCACGGGCCUCCAUGCUUCAAGUCAAGCCUGCAGAAGGCAAAAGAGCUACUAGAACCAGCGUGGAUGCAGCCACCGGCAACUCGGAUUCCAUGUUCGGCGCGCUGAGACGUGGGCAUGCGGUCAACGUUGGCAUCUCAUCGAUCAUGAUCGAGCAGGACCUCGUUGAGGUGCCCAUGUUCAAGAACUGCAGCGCCAGCUUCAUCAGCCGCCUCGCGCAGGAUGCCUCGGAAACCACCCGAGCGUUUGGCUUUGGGCAGGCCGUGCACGAGGUGGGUGAUGCCGGUAAGAGCAUGGUUCUGGUUCUCCGCGGGAGCCUGGUGGUCAAGAAGAAGGGGGAGGAGCUGCUGACACUGGAGCAAGGCUCACACUACGGAGAAACCAUGCUCCUGAGCCUUGAGCAGGUCUGGCGAGUGUCCCUGGUGGCAUACUCAUCUAGUAUGGUUUGCGAGAUUCGUCGGGAGUCCUUUCGGCGACUGCUUGAGGACUUCCCGGCCGAAGCCCAGCAGUACGAGACCUUCUUCGACCUCGCGAUGGACCGGCUGUUUUCCGGAACCCGGACGCACACCUGCGACAUCUUCACGGGGCUCUCGCAGAAGAUGCUAGAAGCCUUCGACGAGCACAUGCUGCGGAGGGUUUAUUUCCCUGGAGAGAUAGUUUUGCACGAUGGACCGAAAAGUAAGGAGCUUGUGCUCCUGCAGGACGGUAUGGCCGCGGUGGAAAUCGCUGGUCGCACUGUGCGAACCGAGACCAGGGGCAAGAAGGACGAUAUUGGCGGGCGGGCUCGACUGAGAUCAGACAUGAUGUCAGACGAUGAUGGCGAAGAAGAGGAGGUAGAGGAGGAUGAUCGGCCAGCUUGCUUUGGCGAGUUGGAGUUCUUGGGACUCAGCCCUGUGCGGAAGACUGCCGUCAAAGCUUUGACUCCGUGUGUGUGCAGGAUUCUCAACCGUGAGAUGGUCUUGCACGUUGCCAGGGACACGGACAUGGAGGUCUACAGCAGCAUGCUUCUGCAGAUGUUCCAGAAGACGGUGCACAAAACGAGUGCCGAGCAGGCCAGUGUGCUCAUGGACUUCAUCUCGGCAGGCUGCAGUGAUGAGUUCCUCCAGUUUCUGUCCGGCCAUCUGGAAGCACGGCUCUACCCCGAAGGGAAGCUCAUUUGGGAGCUGAACAAGAAGUACUGCUCUCGCUCCCUGCAGAUGGUUAUGAGUGGUUCGGUGCGUGUGACCGGUGUCGGCAAAAAGGAUCUUCCCCGUCUGGGCAAGGGAGACGUCUUCGGCCGAAUGUCUGCGCUGAGCCUGAGGCCCCGACCUUCUGGGGCCAGUGCGCUCUAUGCUGCAGAGCACUGUUGUGUCGAGGUGCUUCACCAAGAUGUUGUGGUCCGGGCGCUCGAGAUCUAUCAUGAUCAGCGAGGCAAAGUCCUCACUCUGGAUCGCGAAGCAAAAGCUGCUGCUGGAGCGAAGGCAAUGGACUUUGUUGAGAUUGUCGCGAGUUCGCGAAUCUUCUCUGACAUGUCCCACGCUUUCGUGCAAGAACUGGCGGCUUCUGCCAUCGAUCGCAUAUUCAUGCCAGGAGACGUGGUGAUGCACCAGGGCGCCGUUGAAUUCUCCAUGUUUAUCUUAGUGACAGGCACCGCCGACGUGUUCGUGAGCGAUGUGUCUAAGUCAGAUGAUCCGUACACGGUGACGAAGGAGCGGAGUCCCGUGCGGCAUGCCAGAAGCAUGAGCCGGGUCAGCCACCUCGCUCCCGGAGCGAUCUGUGGCGAGCUUGCGAUGCUUGGAAUCACCCCCACAAGGUCGGCGACCAUCAAGGCCUCCGCCCUGUGCAUUUUCUGGGAAGUCACGCAGGACAAAGCUAUGGCUAUUCUGGACCGAUAUCCUCAAGAGCGCGACCUUUUCGGGGCGGUCAUUGUUCACAACCUUGACAUCAGCGUCCCCGGAAGGCUGCUCCAGCUACCAUUGCUCCGAGCCUUCGACCGGAAGUUUCGCAUGCUCCUGACGCUUUACUGCGAGCGGCAUGCCUUCUUCCCAGACCAGCAGAUCCUCAAGGAGGGCGAGGCUGGUGACAAGUGCUACAUAUUCAACCUUGGUCCAGCCAUGCUGCAGAAAAAGGGCUUUACAGUGAAGACCUUCUCGCCGGGGUCGCAUUUCGGCUGCGAUCACAUGCUGGGCAUCAACAGGCUCUACUGUGGCUCGCUGAUCGCUAUGACGGUGUGCCACAUCCUGGCCGUCUCCCGCAGCUCCUACCUCCUGGCGCUCGAGCAGUAUCCGUCGCAGAAGGCGAGCCAACAGCUCCUCCGCCAGCAGCGGGUGGAAGCCAAAGAGCUUCGCCAGGCCAUCCAGAGGAUAACGAUCCGAAAGAGCAUCUGGCAAAGAUACCAAGGCGAGAUCCACAAGGAGAAGAACAUGUUCUUCCUCUCUGAGCAUGACCUGGCCAAGCGAUUCAUGAAAGCCUGGUUCGAGACUGCCAAGGAGCUCAAAGCGAGAAGGUCGGAGCGAAAUCGCCGGAGGAAGGAGGUCGAGGAAAUGAUUGAGAACUGGAAGAUGAAGAACGAAGCAGGGUUGAAGAAAGCCGCGCAUAAGAAGAAGGAGAGAGAGAUUCUGACCAGGAAUAUUCUCGAGAGGGGCCCACUGGAGUUCAUCGAUCCUCCAGUCUCUCAGACACCCCGGCUGCCACGCAUACCGAAGAAGCAGACGCAGGAGCUGGUCUCCAUCCUCAAAGCCUGGCCCUCGCCCCGUCCAUCUCCACACUACGAGCUGAAAGUGUGGAAUGUCAUGAGCAAGGAGCUUACGCAGCCGCCGCCUGGCGAAGCAGCCGGUGCUCGGUUGCUGCCAAUGCUGCAGGGUGUCCGCAAACGAGGCGAAGCCAUCCUCGAGGCACCAGGUUCCGAUGGCGAAGAGUCGGAAGAGAUCGAUCUAAAUGAGGAGGAAGAGGCUCCAGUCGUCGCGAUGGCAAGCAACAUGAGCACGACGGGCGCCGAAAGGGCCACGAGCCCGGAGCUCUUCUACUGGUGGGCGAUGGCAGAGAAAGAGAAAGAGAAGAGGAAGACGAAGUCGGUAGCUCUGCCAGCAGAUGCGCCGGAGAGCCCAGUGUCUCCCAGGAGGAGCAAUGCUCGGAAGAGCGCGCACCCGACCUUGAGCAGCUCUCCAGAGGACCUGGCAGAGCCAGAUCCCGGCAGCCCCAAAGGUCGCACCCCGGCCGCAAAGCGGCGGGUGACGUCUCUGUACUCCGAAGAGGAGCGGGCGAGACGAGGAUCGCAUGGUGGAAUGUCCGUCCUGGCGAUCGAAGCAGAGCUUGCAAAGUUUCAGAUGUUUUCGGGAUGCAGCUCCGAGAUGAUUUCGGAGCUGAGCCGAGUGACCACAAGCAGGAUCUGCAAUGAGGGCCAGGUGAUGCAAGCCAAGGGGGACCACACCGACGCGCUGCUGAUAGUUCUCCGGGGCACGCUCAAUAUUUUCCUGGGUGAGGAGUGCAUCGGGCAGAUGCGGAAAGGGGACCACGUGGGUGAGACCUUUUUCCUCGCUGUGGAGGACCUUUGGAACAUACAGCUCGUCGCCGCCGAGUUGGGUAUGGUGUGCGAUGUCAGCCGCGAGGUACUCCAAAAUGUUUUGAAAGAAUUCCCUGCAGACAAAGAGCUGCUCAAUCCGUAUUUAUCUCAGCCGCCCCACGUGCACCUACUCACGUCUGAGCGCAUGCUCCAGAGCCCCAUCUUUGCACAGCUCUCCGAAUCCGCUUGGGAGAUCUUUCGGGACAACAUGGUCCGGCGCAUCUUUUUCCCUGGCGAGACGAUUUUGUCCGAAGAGUCCGAGCAGAAGUAUCUGGUGCUUCUGGCACGUGGGGCCGCAAGCAUCGAGAUUGCAGGCCGUGCAAUUCGCGUCGAGCGCAGGGGCGAGUCUCUUAGAGGCCUGUCCCAGCGCGAGGGGGUGGCGAUGGAUCUGGAUGCUAACAGCUCGGAGGAUGCGCUGCAUCCGGCUGUCCUCGGUGAUGCAGAGUUCUUGGGCCUGAAUGAUGUCCGUGUCUGUUCGGUUAAAGCCGACGCAGAAUGCCACUGUUGGCUCAUUCCUGCCCCGGUCCUGGCCAAAGCAUUUGCCAAUGGUGAGAACGAGAGUCUCCUGAGGGAUCUGCUCGCUCUCCGCGUAGAUCGAGGCAGGGUGGACAGUGGAAAGCUUAGCGUCCUCAGUAUAUUUGACGAGGCUGGGUGCAGCUUUGAGUUCCUCCGAUACCUCCAAACUCAUUUUGAGGGCCGCAUCUUUGUUCAAGGCAAGACUAUUUGCGACUUCGAGAUUCCCAUGGGCACCCGCGUGAUGCACAUCGUCACCAGCGGCUACGCUGCUUCCGUGGGUGAAACAGAGCAGACUCGCACGCUCGCAGCCAACACUGUCUUCGGAAUGAUGAGUGCCCUCGGGGUGGCGCCACGCCCCGCUAAGGUGAAGAAGGUGGUGGCAGUGAAGCAUUGCUACUGCCAGCUGCUACACCAAGCCGUGGUGGUUCGGGCUCUGGAGCUUUUCCCGGACCAGCGAAUGAAGGUGCUGACACUCUCCAAUGGUGGCCAGGAGACAGACACGGCGGAUCUGAUCGAGCGAAUUCAGAAUUCGCCCUUCUUCGCGAAUACAAACCCGGAUUUCGUCAUGGAGCUGGCGAAUGCAGCAGUAGACAGGAUCUUCAUGCCUGGUGAUCUGGUGGUCAAUGAAGGGGAGGUCGGCAACUCCAUGUUUAUCCUGCUCAACGGAUCUGCAGAUGUGUAUGUCAGCGACAAGAGCAAGGACAAACAGGAGAAGGGGCAAGUAGCCAAGAAGCAUGACACUCAGAUCAAGCAGAUGAUCCGUGUUGGGCACUUGAACUCAGGGGCCAUCGCAGGCGAGCUGGCCAUGCUUGGAAUAUCGCAGACACGUUCAGCGAGUAUUCAGGCCUCGACACUCUGCGUAUUUUGGGAAGUGACCCAGGAGAGAGCCAUGAAUAUCCUCGACCGAUUUCCUGAAGAGCGCCAGCUGUUCAGCAACGUCAUCGUGCAAAACCUGGAUUUUACUGUGACGGGCCGGCUCAUGAAUCUCAACCUCUUCAAGGGUUUCGACCGCAAGUUCCGGAAUUUGCUGGCCCUCUACUGCGAGCGACAUGCUUUUUUCCCCGACCAUGCCGCCACGCGAGAGGGUGAGAACGGGGACAAGUUGUGGAUCAUGAACUCCGGCCCAGCGCAGUUGCAGAAGAGAGGUUUCAAGGUCAAACUCUAUACUCCCGGCACCCACUUUGGCAGCGACAACAUGCUUGGGAUAUCUCGAGCCUAUAUCGGCAGCCUCGUGGCUAUGACCGUUUGCCACAUGCUCUCCCUCUCACGUGCCUCUUACCUCCAUGCGCUGGAGCAGUAUCCUUCCAAGACCGCGCACCAGCGCUUGGUGAAGGAGCAAAAGAAGCAGGCUGUGGAGCUGAAAGACAUGCUGGAAAGGGUGGCCAUCCGCAAAGGUGUCUGGCAGAGGUAUCAGGGCGAGCUGGCUGGAGGUGGUGUUUCCAACCUUAGCGACAACGAGCUCGUGAGGCGCCUCGUGAAGGCCUGGUACGACCACGUCCGCAUCGUCAGGGACAAGCGACUACAUGACACGAUGAAUCAUCAAGAGAUGUUGUCCAGAAUCGCAGGUUGGAAGCAGAAGCAAGAGGAUGCCAAGAAGCGCAUCGAGCGCAAGACGAAGAUGAAGGCUCUCAUCAAGCGCAACUUGCUGGAGAGAGGGCCACUUCAGUAUCUUGAGGAGCAGAAGCCAAAAGAUCCUCUCCUCCAGUCGACCUACGAUGCCAUCCAGGACACCGAGCCAUGGGCGGAGGUCACGUGGCCCCGCUCGGCACAGCAAAUUGAGCUGCUCAAGGAUUGGCCACAACCUCGCCCCUCGCCAUACUACACACUCCGCGUGUGGGAAGUGGUGAGGCACGAACUGCGCUCCCAGGAUUCAGGCUCCCAGAGCCGCAUGCUUCCGCUACUCGGGAAGAGGCCGGAAGAGCCGCCCACACCCUCGCCAGAACCGGUGCCAGAACCAUCUCCUCGGAAAGGGAAAGGACUAAAUCGGGACAAGUUCAUGUCAGGAGGGUCCGCAGCAAGCGCAAGCCCCUCAAGCACCGGCUCCGACGGCAGAGAGGGGCCGGCGCCGCCGCCGCGGCCAAAACUGGAUGACGAUGCGAGGUCAGAUGCCUCUUCCCCGUCUUCCCCUCGCGGACAAAUAUCCCCAUGGGGACCAAUGUCCCCAACAGGAGGUGGCUCUGCACCUUUGUCCAGAUUCCAAAUCUCAGGAAGGAAAGCUAUGAUGAUGGCGAAAAUGAUCAAGAUGAGGACUGUCGGCGAGCUUUCCACGGGCGAGGUUUCACGCGGAGACAAUGGCACGCCCGGGUGA